UACCCUGUUCCCACAAUGCACUGUGAAGGAACAUGGCCGUCUCUUCCCUAGGAGUGUUAUCCAAACGAGAAUGAAUGUGCUGUUUCGGUGCCAUAUCAGUUGACAUUCCUUAAAAACAACCUAAUAUCCAAGUUUGUGAAGUUACUCUUGCAGAUUAUGUUUUUAUAAUCCCGCUGUGAGGAGCUGACGAGUCCCUGCGUAUAUUUCCGGAGCACCUUCCUGUGAUAGCUGACCAGAGCCAAGAUGACAGGAGUUGUAGCCAAGCGUGAGGGACCACAGUUCAUCAGCGAAGUAGCUGUGAGGGGAAACGCCGGCGUCCUGGACUACUGCCGCACCUCUGUUUCCGCUCUGUCCGGAGCAACAGCUGGCAUCCUCGGGCUGACUGGACUGUACGGCUUCAUUUUUUAUUUCCUCGCCUCUUUUCUCCUCUCUCUGCUGCUCAUUCUCAAGGCCGGACGGCGAUGGAACAAAUGCUUUAAGUCGCGGCGGCUGCUUUUCACCGGGGGCCUCGUCGGAGGUCUUUUCACUUACGUCCUGUUCUGGACUUUCCUCUACGGAAUGGUGCAUGUGUACUAACAUGACCUAGCAUAAAUAACCCUGAAUUAAUCCUGUCUAAUGUUACAUAAACCAAUUAUUUGUCUGUCCUGCUGUUUGUAGAUAGGCCAUUAGUAAAAUACUUCUUCCAUUAUGAACUGUUGAUUAAAUGGAGGAUUCUUAAAUAAUUAUAGUAUGCAGAAUCAAAUAUUCUCUUUUCUUUCCUGCUACACACCAGGGCAGUGACUAUGAAUUUAUUUAAUCUGUAAGUCCCACUCAGUGCUCAGUAUCAUUCAUACCAGUAUGACCACAGUUAUGUUAAUGUAGGUCGUAGAGUAGGUUGUAGUGUAACAGAUCGAAACAGAUUACAAGGUGGAAGCACUUUUCAUUACAUUUCAUGUACAGUACUAUGGUUAAAUUAUAACAAGUCUGAUUACUGAUCAAAAUAAAUAAAUACCUCUUUACAACUUG